GAACAAUUAAGCAGUUCAAUCAGCUUUAAUUACUCAAUAAAGCAAAUUUUCAACUUAGAGGAGAAUGCAAGGUGGUAAAGUUGUUUUUGUGUUUCUAAGCCUGGUUUUGUGCGGUGUACACGGAACCUUACACGAAUGCGGAGAAUUUAAUACGCAACGCACAAAAUUUGAGGAUUAUUUCAAUGUUUUCGAAAAUUCUAAUAAUCAGAACAUUAAUGAAGUGUUCAAAUUAAUGGAAAAUAUAUCAAACUAUAACGCUAAGCACACAUUUUUAUCAGACGCACCCAUAAAAUAUGUGCCUGACCGUAUUAAAGCCGAAGGAUAUCCAGUUGAAGUUCAUGAAAUUUUCACAGAUGAUGGUUAUAUACUGGAAAUGCAUCGUAUUCCGCAUGGAAACCUAGCGCAAACUGAUCAAACCAGACGGCCUCCCGUUCUCUUAGUGCACGCUUUUUUGCAAUCGUCAUCGGAUUGGACCAUUUUAGGCGCAAAAAAUUCAUUAGCCUAUCUUCUUGCCGAUACGAAUUACGAUUGUUGGAUGUUAAAUGUGAGAGGCACUGAAGUUUCACAACGACACACACGUUACAAUCCAAAUGGACGAGGAGAAAAAGAAUACUGGAAUUUUUCAUGGCACGAGAUGGGCAUGUACGACGUAGCCGCGGCCAUCGAUUACAUUCUUAAUGAAACGAAAUUCGAGAAAUUGAACUAUAUUGGAUAUUCGCAAGGUUCAAUUGCAUUCCUUAUUUUGACAUCAAUGAAGCCCGAGUACAAUAAUAAGAUAAUCGAGGGAAAUUUGGUGGCGCCUGCCUCAUACUUGAAAGGCACAACCAACCUUUUUUAUCAAUCAUUCGCAAAAUCUUAUCGAUCGAUAAAGUUAAUGGCUCGAUUCAAGCAUAAAUUGAUUUUUAACAACGAGGCAUUUCUGAAAAUUGGUCUAACAGCUUGUAAAAAUAUUGUUAACUCAACACCAAAACAAUGUAUGCUCAUUUUAAAUGUAUUAAACUCGAAUCAAGUUAAUUGUUCGACUUUGCCAUUGAUUUUAGUGGGUACACCCUCUGGAGCUUUGUCGAUGCGACUAAGUUUGCAUUAUCUACAAUCAAUCCGCAAUGGCGGAUUCCGACAAUUUGAUUAUGAAAACAAGCGAAUGAAUGAAAAAGUCUAUGGAAGAGAUACUCCACCCGAAUAUGAUUUAGCAAAAAUCACAGCACCCAUAAAUAUUUUUCAUUCCAAAGACGAUGAUACAUCCAUCUAUUCGAAUGUUAUUCAGCUACAAUCUCAAUUACCAAAUGUUAAAUCAAGAUAUGUAGUUCCCAUCGUUGAUUUUGGACAUGUUGAUUUCUUAUACAGUCGAUAUGCACGGAAUGGGCUGUAUAAUAAACUUAUUAGCACAAUCAACAAAGCUAACUGGAAUAAUUAAAAACAAGGAAUGGUGAUUUUCAUAUUUAUAUUAAGUGAAAGAGUCUUCUUUUUAA